CUUCUGCGCCAUGGAAUUAGCCCAGGCGGGCAUCUUAGCCUCUUCCCUGGCCUCCAGGAUAGUGUCAGCAGCGAGCCUGGCCACAGCGGGCGGGGCGGCCUCUGGCCGUGUCCUGGCUGGACUUCCAUCAGUGGGACUCACCCUGUCAUCCAAGGCUGCCCUGGGCCCGGCCGCAUCUGCGCUGGGGUCCUGGCUGGGGACACUGAAUGGCUCCUACCUGCUGGGAUCCUCUGUCACGGCCCUGACCGUGUCCCCACUUGCAGGUAACUGACCCUGGAGACAC